CACAGCUGCUCAUACAUAGUUUUACAGUCAUCAAGUCAUGAGGAACACUCAACAACACGCUAGUUUCUUUUUUUUCACAUCCAUGGUUUUCAGUCGGGAGGAAAAAUGCGUCUGUUCUGGUGUUUCUGUUUGAUUUUCCUUUAUCUGUUCCCCUCAGGUUCCCUGUGUGUGGCAAACCUAACCUGCUUAAAUGAAGAAGGAAAGCCUGUGGACUGGUUCAUGAUGUACAAGCUGCCCAAAUAUAAGAGGGGUGAGGUGGGAAGCGGAGUUGAUUACAUGUAUUUGGAUCCUUCUUUGCUGAAUUGGCAGUUAAGUAAAUAUACGGUGAACAUGAGUGAAGGGGCAGUGGGCAGAACACUGAGCCAGCUCUACCACAGAUAUGAGUCAAACAGUUCUGCAUACCUGCUCUACAACGACGCUCCUCCAGUGCUGAAGUACGAAAAUAAUUAUGGACACACAAAAGGGGCAUUGCUGUUUGACCGGUCUCAGGGAUUCUGGCUAACACACAGUGUUCCACACUUCCCUCCCUUCCCUGAAAUGGGUUUUGGCUACCCUUCCACUGGUAAACUCUUCGGGCAGACUGUUCAGUGUACAACCUACAGCUACAAACAGUUCCAAAAAAUAUCACAACAACUGGCAUACAUCAAUCCCCGUGUGUAUAACUGCUCAGUGCCAGCAGCAUAUGACACAGACAUGGCAGCCAUGGCACAGAUCUGUGCUGGGAAGACCCCAUUUGUAGCCCCAAGGAGAAAGCUGGAGAAGCUGGAGUCAGUCCAGGGAGAGAUUUUCCUCAGUUUUGCCAAAUCACACAGCUAUGUUGAUGACAUUUACACAGGCUGGGUAGCACAGACACUGAAGACUGACCUGCUGGUGGAAACGUGGCAACGGGAGGCUCACCAGCUCCCAUCCAACUGCUCACUUCCGUUCCAUGUCAUGAACAUCAAGUGGGUCCGUUUACCAGAGAACGUCACUUUCAGCUCCUAUGAAGAUCACUCCAAGUGGUGUGUUGCCCUGGAAUAUAAAGCUCAGUGGACUUGUCUGGGUGACCUGAACAGAGAGAGCACACAGGCCUUUAGAGGUGGUGGCCUCAUCUGUUCACAAAAUCCAGCCAUCUACAAAGCCUUCCGCCAAGCUGUGGCCUGGUUUAAAAGCUGUUAGAAGCACUGUAUGAAGAUGAAAUGGGACAAGCAAACUUAAUGGCCAGGGCCUGCCGGCAGGCCCAAGGUUUUAUUACACAACUCUCAAACCGAAUCACUUCACCUGUUUGCAUUGACAUCCCUGUAGUAACUGAAUAAUAAGCUUGAGUAUGUAAUAAGUCCAGGAUUUUAAAAAGUUAAGAUGGCUUCAUUGAAUCUUUUUCUUAUUGUGAGUGAAUGAAAAAAAAAACACAUUAAUAGUGAAACACUCUUAAAAAUAAAGGUGCCAAAGAAGUUUUUGUUACA